CUUUGUCUUCCGUCGCCGUUUUAAAAUAUUGUUGUGAUUACUUUUUAUCGAACAAUAUGCCGCCGAUGUUGAAUGUUAUGGCAAAUUACAAUGAGAAAACAAUUGGAAAAUUGACAAUGUCCGUGUUCCGAAAGUUCAAUUUGGGACUUCCCGAACACGGACAGCUCCAUUUUGCCGAGUGGAACUACAACAGUAAUUAUAUUGCAUGCGGUGGUGCACUAGGCAAGCUGAAAGUCGUCAAGAUAGGAACGGAUGCCACUGAUUUGAAUAAAUCCCCAAAUGCUGCAACUCUUGUGGUGAACCAAGCUUUGGAGGGGCAUAAUGCAACUGUGAUGAAUGCUACGUGGAAUGAAAAUAAUCAAAAACUGACAACGAGCGACACGUCUGGAUUAAUUAUUGUAUGGGGAAUGUUCAACGAACAAUGGUGUGAGGAAAUGAUUAAUAAUAGAAACAAAAGUGUGGUUGUUUCAAUCUGCUGGAAUUUAGAAGGAACUAAAAUUGCCAUAGCAUAUGCUGAUGGAAACGUGAUUGUCGGGACGUUGGAAGGAAAUCGAAUAUGGAAUAAAGAGUUGGAAAUACAAUUGGCUGCGUGCGAGUGGGCGCCUGAUGGAGACAUGCUGAUUUUUGGAACUGCUGACGGAAAAGUUUCGGUUUUUGAUGACAGUGGAUCACAUUUUUUGGAUAUUCCCAUGCACUGUCUAGAAGCGGAGGAUCUGGAGCAAGCAUUAGCAAAGAAAGAGCAUCAAAAGGAGGAAAUCGUCUGCUUGAAAUACUGGAGUCCAACGUUGAAAUCAAAAACUAUUUUGGAUGAAAUGGAGAGAGAUUUUGAAAGAAAAUUAGAGAAGGAUCGUGAGGUAACUGGAACGGCGAUCUUCACUAAUUUCCCAACAAAACCACCACCAAAAGAGUUGCCGGAACAUGAAAAGAACACGGAGCCCUAUCAACCAGUUCCUCCAGAUCGUCCCCGAUUUGUGGUUGCCUAUGCGAGAGGAAUGAUGCAACUGAUGAGAUCUUUAAAUGAUCCAGAACCAGUCGUUGUUUCUAUUCCGAAUUUCAAAAUCACUGGAGCCAAAUGGUCGCCCAAUGGAGCUUUUUUAGCAGUCUGUGGAAAUGAUUCAGACAAGGACGAACCAACUUUUUCAAAAAUUCAUUUUCUAUCUGCUUACGGACAUAUCGUUGGAUAUUUUCAAACAAACGACUCUUGUAUAACAGGAAUUUGUUGGGAGUCAACAGGUCUUCGAAUGGCGAUUGCAGCUGCCGGAACUCUUCUCAUUGGACAAAUUCGCCCAGAGUUUAAGUGGGGAUCAAUUGAAGAAACAAUAGUCUACGUUUACCAAAAAGAGGAGCUCUACCAAUACGGCAUAAUGUUUUAUGACUACAAGACUGAUGAAAAAACUGUCAAAACUGUGACUCAUUUCGAAAAUAUGGCCUUUUAUCGGGAACAUUGUGUUUUGAUAAAUCGACAGGAUGACGGAGUCAUACCACAUUACUUCUGUCAACUCUGUAAUAGCAUCGGAACAUCACUAGACUACAACGUGACAACGGUUCGUCCAAAGUUUGCAUGUGUUAAUGGAAUUUGUGCGGUGAUUGCUUCUGAGGAUAGAUAUUUUAUCUGGCAUUUUGUACUUCCAAAGUUUAACUCCGUGCAAGCAGGAAUUCAUGUCCCUGGAAAAUCUGGUGAUUACGUUUUGGAAGAACAACAAAGAACAAUUGAGUAUGGCACUAAACGUUUACUUGGGAGCAAGGAUGAAAUUUGUGCUCUUUGCAUUGGUGAUACUUUCUUUAUGAUGGCGUUGUUAAGCGGUGGAAUCUAUAGAGUAUCACUAAAUGACGGAGUUAUCACUAACAGCUAUCCAGUUUCCCCAUCUAUCAAUUCCAUUAAGUUGAAUUGUACUUUUACCCGCCUGGCAGUUAUCAAAUUGGUUGAACAAGUUCCAUUUCAAUUUUUGUUGUAUGAGUUCGACGGUGAUGAAUUGAAGCUGAUUUACACAAGUGAUAAGAGAGACGUCUGGGAUUAUGAAUGGGAUCAGAACAAUAGCAACAUGCUUGCCCUCAAGGAUAAGCAGAAAAUAUUGAUUUGUGACGGAAAUUCAAUACUGGAGCAGUCAUCUGUGAAUGGAAGCAUUCUGCUGUUUCAAAAUUUGGUUGUUACCGCCGUCAACAUUGAGAAAAUUUUACUGACUCCCGAAAACCCAACGAAAACAUGCAUAGUGGAGGUUAUGAUAAAAGCAAAACAAGACGUCAUGAACCUUGUCAAUGCGAUGAAACUCGAAGAAGCCAUAGAUUACGCGGAGCGAAGUCCUCACUCGGAGCUUUGGAGCAUGAUUGCGAACUAUGCAGUUUUUAAACAUGCGUUCGAUUGCGCAGAACACGCGUUUGUAAAACUUGGAGAUUACGCAGGGGUUCAGUUGGUCAAAAAAUUAAGGAAUAUCCAGUCAAAUGAUUUGAGGAAUGCCGAAAUAUACGCAUACCGUGAUACACUUGAAGAAGCAAAAACUGCAUUUUUGCAAGCUGAUAGACGAGACCUAGCUGUUGAAAUGUACAAAAAGGUUGGUGAUUACGCAUCUGUAUAUGAUUUGAUUCGAAAUGAUGACGAUGAUGAAGGGAAAUGUGAUGCAUUCAGAAACAUGGCUGAAACACACUACGAAAUGAUGGAAUGGGAAGAAGCCGCCAAGGCUUACUCCUAUUGUGGAGACACCGCAAAUCAGAUUGAUUGUUUGAUAAGAGGAAAUCUUUUUGGAGAGUUGGAAGUUCUUGCUAGAACUCUCUCAGAUGACAGUGAAUUUAUGGAGGUAAUGGGCGAUGCAUUCACAUCUCGCGGAAUGUGUGACCAAGCUGUUGAAUGCUAUUUAAGACGGAGCCUGCCACAGAAAGCAUUGCACGCGUGUAAAGAGCUGAAUCAGUGGCAGAAAGCACAAUUCAUCGCUGAUGCAAAUCAUAUGGAAAAUGUGGAAGGACUAUUGGGAAAAUUCGCGGUUGAAAUGCGAGGAGAAAGCGACGAGAAAUCAUUAUCUGCUCUUGCACUUUAUAUGCGAGCAGGAAGACAUCUUGACGCCGCCAAAAUAGCGUUUGAUAUUGCAAAAGACAGAAAGUCAAAGUAUGUCCCAUAUGAAGAGUUGAAGCAGUGCUACGUGCUCGGUGCAGUUCUCGUAGAAAAUCACAGGCAAACUAUCAAGGAGUUGAGGAAAAUUGAUAAGCACAAUUUUCUGGAGGAUGCGUUAGAUGAUGAAUCCGGGUUGAGUGCUGAGCAGUCAAGAAUUUUGGAGAAUACCUGGAGAGGAGCAGAAGCUUUUCAUUUUAUGAUAAUGGCACAACAACACUUUUUCGAGAACAGAAUCAAAGAUGCUCUUCAAACUUCCCUGAUUUUAUCUGAUUACGAAGAAUUUCUUGAUCCGGCGGAAGUUCACUCUAUGAUCGCUCUCGCAGCAGCAAAUGUCAAUCAAUUCGGAAUUUGUUCCAAAGCAAUGAUGCGCUUGGAAGCGUUUGAGGAGUUUGACGAUGCUGAAAAAGAGGAGAUGAGAAACUUGUCGUUUCGAUUGUUCUCAGAAAAUCCUCCAGUGAACCCCAACUCGGCUAAAGUAGCUUGCUCCGUAUGUGAUGCUAAGAUCGAUCCGUAUGACUUACAGUGCAGCGAAUGUCAAACAAAGUUUCCCGUGUGCAUUGCAUCUGGAAGAUUAAUCCUGGACAAUAUUUUCUGGCUGUGUCCAAGAUGUAAGCAUCGUGCUCAUCAACAUGAAAUACCUAAGUACAAUUGCUGCCCGCUGUGUCACGAUAUGGAAUCUUUCAGAGUUCCUUGAUAUUGAUGUUGUUGUUUUGACAGUUAUUUGGUUAAACGAAAUAUAAAAAAAUAUUAAACACAAAAACUUUAAUUUGAAAUAAAAACAGCAUUUAAGAAAA